CAGGCGCCGGAUUCGUGGCCGAUUUCUUUUUGCAACGAUUUGGAAAGUACCUAAGAAAAUCCCUAAUUUCGUGGUUCGUGGAAAGUGGUGCGUAAGUAGAGUGGGUUUAAGAUGAAGUGUCACUAUGAAGUGCUGGGAGUGGCACGAACUGCCGGGGACGAUGAAAUUAAGAAAGCGUACCGGAAACUUGCGCUCCGAUGGCACCCGGACAAGAAUCUCGACAAUCCGGAGGAGGCGAAUCAACAGUUCCUGCUCGUGCAGGCGGCAUACGAUGUGCUGUCGGAUAUGCAUGAACGAGCCUGGUAUGAUAACCACCGAGAACAGAUCCUGCGCGGAGGCCACACCGAUUACGAGGAUAACUCGCUGGAUGUGUACCAGUUCUUCACCACUUCCUGCUACAAAGGGUACGGUGAUGAUCCGGGUGGAUUUUACGCGGUGUACGCCGACGUAUUUCACAAGCUGGCCACCGAGGAGGUGGAGUUCCUCGAGACGGAGGAAGACUUUGAAUCGAUACCCAAGUUUGGCGAUUCCCAAUCGGACUAUGAGACGGUGGUGCGACUGUUUUACGGUUACUGGGAAGGCUACUGCACGAAGAAGAGUUACGCCUGGCUGAAUCCGCAUAAUGUGGCCGAAAUACGUGACCGGCGUAUUUUGAAGGCGAUUGAAAAGGAGAACAAAAAGGUGCAGCAGAAGGCACGCAAAGAGCGAAACGAGGAGAUCCGCAGUUUGGUGCUGUUUGUGAAGAAACGCGAUCGCCGGGUGCAGGCGUACAAGAAAUUGCUCGAGGAGCGAGCAACACAAAAUCGGCUUAAAUCGCAACAGAAUCGAUUAGAGCAGAUAAGGCGCCACCAGCAGGAGAUUGAGCAGCAGCAACGGAACUCUUCGACGAACCACUUCAACGAGGCGUAUGAAGAGCAGCUACAGAAACUGGAGGCAUCCUACGCCGGUUCAUCGGAAGAGGAGAGCGAAGAAGAAGAAGAGGACGGUGCGAAUGGGUUGGAAGGAGCGAUGGCCGGGCUUAAUGUGAGCCAAGAUGAAAAUGGUGAAGAGAGCUUCUACCUGGACGAUCUGUACUGUGUGGCCUGUGACAAAAUGUUCACAAAUCGCAAUUCAUUCGAAAACCACGAAUCUUCCCGUAAGCAUCGACAAAACGUGGAACUGUUGCGCCGGCAGAUGCGCGAAGAAUCAGCGAACCAAGAUGAGCCCAGUGAGGAGGCAGGAGCUGAAGAUGAAACCGGUCUGUCUCCGGAUGAGGCCGUCAGUGGUGAUGAAGCGGUUGAGGAGGAAGUGAAAAAGGAGGUAAAGAGCAAGUCCAAGAAGAACAAAAGUAAGAAGAAAGCUUUUGCUAGUAUUCCUGUGAUAAAACCAUCGGAUGACGAAGAGGAGGAUGGCGAUGGAGAUGGAUCGUUGUCCAAGAUGCCCAAGGAGGAGGAAGAUAUGAUCGGAUUGCGCUUGGGAAGGAAGGAUGACAGCGAUGACGAGGCUCACAACUGGGGUGCCGGAAACGGUAAAAAGUCCAAAAAGGGCAAAGCAAAAUCAAAAACCGAUGCGGGAGCAGCAAAAGCCACUAAAGCUAAUGCCGUGCCAACACCCAAGGAUGAACCAACUGCGAGUGAAACAGCAAACCAGGAACCUGUGACCAAGAAGCCGUCGAGCUCGAAAGCGAAAGCUGGACACUCGGACGAUGAGGAAGGCAGCUCAUCUACGGACCACUCGUGCGUAACGUGCAACGUAAAGUUUCCCUCCAAAAACAAACUCUUCGAUCAUCUCAAAAAGACUGGCCACAGCGUCUACAUCGAUAAGCUGAAGGCGUCCAAGGCCGGUGGGAAAGCUGAAGGAACUGCCAAGGGCAAACGAAAAGGUAAAUAAUGGCUUUCAACCAAGCGUGUGCCGAUCGUGCGGA